UGGUAGAUAGUUGAAAAAAAACCGAACAGGAAUGCUGUCUUUGGGUGAUUCAUGGAGAACAGAAUAUAUUUUGUAAUACAAUGAACCUCAGCCUCGACUAAAAGUUAUCUCCAAACGAAGGUCUUUUCGAUAAAAAUGAUAUUCAAUUAGACUAAAAAGAAAUGCAUGUCGUUUUGGUUAUUUCUUCGAGAAAAGUCACCGGAAUAGGUCCAUAAAUAUAAUGGUAAAACGAUGGAGUUCCUUCAGUAGAAGUUCCAAGACGAAGCCAAUAAAAUGUUCAAAAAUUUGAUAUACCUGUGCCUGGUGUUACUCUCCAGUUGGCCAAUAAAUGCCGAUCACUUUGAUGAAUGCGAUGGUGCCGAGGAUGAGACAUUUGUCCAGAGUUGGGAAAGCUGUCAGUCAUAUGUGUAUUGUCAGGGUGAGGAUUCCCUGAAAGGUGAUUGCGGGGAUGGUGAAUAUUUCGAUGCGGAAACGGGAGAAUGUGAUGUUGCCGCCAAUGUGCAAUGUUUUCUGGACGAAGUCGAUGAACCAACAGAACCAGAACCAGAACCGGAAGAGGAAGAGGAGGUAAUAAUACCAGCCACACCGAAACCAACAGAUCCACCAAUUCUAGAGCCAACCAACGAAGUGGAUAUCCUUAACAUAGCCCCAGUGGUAAAGCCAAAUUGCCCGUUCAGUGAUGAUCCCAGUCAGGUUAUUCUAAUGGCCAGCAAUGAAUCAUGCACAAAUUACUAUCUAUGCUAUCAUGGUCAUGCCAUGGAAAUGCAUUGUACUAAUCAAUUGUAUUUUAAUUCAUUAACCGGCCAAUGUGAUUACCCCGAGAAAGUUCAGUGUGCGCUAGAAGAUCCGAGAUCCCACAAAUGCCUGCCACACAUGACCGAGUUCUUUCCACAUCCGGACAAUUGCAAUUACUUCUAUUACUGCAUCAAGGGCUUUCUGACACUGCAACAGUGUCCCUUCUACUAUGGCUGGGAUAUAGAACGCCGGAGUUGUGUUCAGAUAAGUGUGGCGAAAUGCUACGGAAACUCCCGUCGCCUAUAAGAACCGGAAGCUCCAAAGAGAAAACAACUCAUUUAAGCUUCUUGGAGUUGUCUACCUUUAGGUGAUAAGAGCUCUAUUUAUUGAUAAGUUACAAGAUAGUGGCAACAUGAGACGUUUAAUUAAAUAUAACUUAUUAGAAAA